ACCAAUUACCGUACCAAGUCCAAGUCCUCUAUAAAUAGCUAGUUGGAGCUCUCAUAAUUCAUAUCAUUAUUCUCUAAAAAAUCCCACUAUAUACACAUCACUAUGGAUACAAUAAUUAUUACAACCAUCUCCUCUCCUUGGCUUCUAUGCUUUCUGGCUUUGGUUUUCAGCCAUGGCCUUGUUCAGCUCCAAGCUUCACACCAUGUUUACAGAAAUCUUCAAACAUCAGAGAAUACUCCACCAAAUCAACCUUAUAGAACCUCUUACCACUUCCAACCCCCCCAAAAUUGGAUCAACGAGUUUGUUUAAUACAGGACCAAUGGUAUACAAGGGACUAUACCAUCUAUUCUACCAAUACAACCCGAAAGGAGCUGUUUGGGGAAACAUUGUAUGGGCCCACUCAACCUCAAAAGACCUCGUAAACUGGACCCCACAUGACCCAGCCAUAUUCCCAUCCCAGGAAUCCGAUAUUAACGGUUGUUGGUCUGGCUCAGCUACAAUUCUCCCCAAUGGCAAACCGGUAAUUUUGUAUACCGGAAUCAACCCCCAAAACCAACAAGUACAGAAUUACGCCGAGCCCAAGAAUCUUUCCGACCCAUUCCUCAGGGAAUGGGUCAAGUUGCCUCAUAACCCAGUUAUGGCUCCCACACAAGCCAACCAAAUCAAUGCCAGCUCAUUUAGGGACCCCACCACUGCUUGGUUGGGCCCAGAUAAGAGGUGGAGAGUCAUUAUUGGAAGUAAAAAGAACCGCAGAGGAUUAGCUAUCCUUUACAGGAGUAAGGAUUUCGUUUACUGGGUUAAGGCCAAACACCCACUUCAUUCAGGUAAAGGAACUGGAAUGUGGGAAUGUCCUGAUUUCUUUCCUGUGUCUGUGGAUGGCCAAGUUGGGGUUGACACGUCUGUGAUUGACAACAAGGUUAAGCAUGUUCUUAAGUACAGUUUAGAUGACACUAAGCACGAUUAUUACACCAUUGGUACGUAUAAUUUUGCUUUGGAUAAGUAUAUCCCGGAUAAGGGUUUUGUGGAUAGCUAUUCUGGUUUGAGAUAUGACUAUGGCAAAUUUUAUGCUUCAAAAACCUUUUUUGAUGAUAUCAAGAAUAGGAGGAUUUUGUGGGGUUGGGUUAAUGAAUCUUCAAGUGUUAAUGAUGAUAUCAAGAAGGGAUGGUCUGGAGUUCAGGCAAUUCCAAGGACUAUUUGGCUAGACAAAUAUGGGAAACAAUUGAUCCAAUGGCCUAUUCCCGAAAUCGAAAAACUAAGACUUAACAUGGUCAAUUUGUCUAAUAAAUUACUCAAGGGUGGAUCAAAGCUCCAAAUUUCAAAUGUCCAAGCACUACAGGCAGAUGUAGAGGUUUCAUUUAAAGUUAGUGGAUUUGAGAAGGCAGAAAAAUUAGACCCCAGUUGGACAGACCCACAAAUGUUAUGUAGCCGAAAGGGUGCAUCAGUGAAAGGUGGUUUAGGACCAUUUGGUCUCUAUGUUUUGGCUUCAAAAGGAUUAGAAGAAUACACAGCAGUGUUCUUCAGAAUUUUCAAAAGUAAUGAAAAAUAUGUGGUGCUUAUGUGCAGUGAUCAAAGCAGGUCCUCACUCAAUGAAGAUAAUGAUAAGACUACUUAUGGAGCUUUUCUCAAUGUUGACCCCGUUUAUGAGACGCUAUCCUUGAGAACUUUGAUUGAUCACUCAAUAGUGGAGAGCUUUGGUGGAAAAGGCAAAGCUUGCAUCACAGCAAGAGUUUAUCCUACCUUAGCUAUUGGUUAUGGAGCUAAUUUGUUUGCUUUCAACAAUGGUAAUCAAGAUGUUCAGAUCACAAGCUUAAAGGCAUGGAAUAUGAAGAAAGCAAUGAUCUAUUAAUUAAUUGAUCAAACAAAUUAAAAAGAUACAUAUAAGCAACUUUUCGAGUGGAAUAAAAGAUGUAACCCCAAUAAUAUAAUAAUUAUUAUAGCUUAAUCUCUCUCUCUCUCUCUCUCUCUUGCAUUGUUUCGAUUUUUUUUUUUUGAAAGAAUUGUUUCGAUUCUCGAGGACUGGCAUAUUUGUAUGGUUGUAUAAUAACCCAAUUAUGCGGGUCAACAAAAUAUAUAUCAUAAAUUUUAGACUAA